AUGGCGUGGGAACAUCUCUCCAUUACCAAGCCGCACUUGGUGUACAUCAUCCUUGGCGGCUUCACCAGCCUGUUUAUGCUGUGCUCCUCGGUCAUCAAGGAGCGCCUGUACAUUGGUGAAGCUACAGUAGCUACGCUAUGCGGAAUCAUAUUCGGACCACACGCCGCGAACUUGAUAGAUCCGGGAUCCUGGGGCAAUGUUGAUCUCAUCACCCUCGAGUUCUCGCGUAUCGUCCUGGUUGUACAAUGUUUCGCCGUUGGUGUCGAGUUGCCCAGGGCAUACAUGGAGAAGCACUGGAGAUCCGUCUCGCUGUUGCUGAUUCCGGUCAUGACAUUUGGGUGGCUAAUCACUAGUCUGUUCAUCUGGGGUCUAUUCAGCUCUCAUCUUAACUGGCUUGACAGUCUGUGUAUCGCCGCCUGCGUUACUGCUACUGACCCUGUCCUGGCUUCAUCCGUCGUUGGAAAGGGAAAGUUCGCAAAGCGAGUGCCCAAGCAUUUGCGAGAUUUACUGUCAGCAGAAUCCGGAUGCAACGACGGCAUGGCUUUCCCGUUCGUCUACUUGGCCAUCUACCUCAUUCGAUACCGCCCAGAUGCUGACAAGGUUUUCUUCCACUGGUUCUGCUACACCAUCUUGUACGAGUGUUUGUUCGGCGCCUUCUUCGGAGUCAUGGUUGGCUAUGCCGCACGUCGUGCUAUUCGAUGGGCUCACGAGAAGGACCUGAUUGAUCGAGAGAGUUUCCUCGUCUUCUAUUUCGUCUUGGCACUUUUCUGCGCUGGCUCUGGAUCCUUGUUAGGCAUGGACGAUUUACUGGUGGGAUUUGCGUGCGGUGUAGGCUUUUCCAACGAUGGAUGGUUUCUCGAAAAGACAGAGGAGUCGCACGUUUCCAACGUUAUCGAUUUGCUCAUCAACUUGGCCUUUUUCGUCUACUUUGGCGCCAUCAUUCCUUGGGAGCAGUUCAACGCGCCUGACAUUAUUGGACUUACACCAUGGCGAUUGGUCGUUCUGGGCUUACUGGUCCUCUUCUUUCGUCGCAUACCGAUCAUGCUCAUGCUCAAACCUGUCAUUCCAGACAUCAAAACGUGGCGCGAAGCUUCGUUUGCUGGCCACUUUGGGCCUAUCGGUGUUGGUGGUCUUUUCGUCGCUAUUCUUGCUAGGGCCGAGCUUGAGACAGAGUCGACAACACCACUUGCCGAACUGCCACCGGAGGGCUUUGAGCAUCUCAACAUCAUCGAAAUGAUCUGGCCCAUUACGUGCUUCUUGGUCAUCGUCAGUAUCAUUGUUCACGGCAGUUCCAUCGCGGUCUUUACUCUAGGUAAGCGCAUCAACACGCUUACCAUUUCUCUUUCAUACACCCAAGCGAACGAGGAUGGCCCAGGCUGGAUGGACCGCUUACCUCGCAUUCAAUCACGCUCCAAAACCUCAAUGUCUGGUCGCAGAAUGUCCGAAUCGUCGUUCGAUGAGAAGGCUGAAGCGACAGGGACUGGUUUACUUCCACCCCCAGGGUAUGCUGGAAACUUCUUACGCCGGCAAAAGGAGGAAGAUAACCCAAGCCGAUCAAGCUCCCGUCGCCCAACGAAUCGCAAGAGCAAGUGGGAUGCCGGUCGAGGACCAGGUGGCCCUAUCUCGGCAUCGGCCAUUGGUCCGAACAGGAGGCGCGAUGAGGAGAAGGCUGAUUCAGGUUCUCCUGAUCAAGAUACCGACACGUUUGCUGAUACCACAGCUGUUUCCAGCGACAGUUCUAACAGUGGCAAGGAGAAGAUGAAGAAGCAGUUUCCAGAGGAGGAGAUUUACCAAGAAGGCCACCAGACUGUGAUCGAAGACAGGGAGGGUAAUGUUCUGGAGGUCAUGGAUGACAGUGGUCAUCAUGGCAGAGAAAGGGAUGCACACGACCGACAGGAAGCUGCUGAUUUACUGAGCGACGAAGAUGUGGAAGGUGGUGUAGCGCAGAAAGAGCAUGGUGGAGCAGUUGAGAAAGCCCCAGGCAAGGCUGUGGAUGCUGCCGAGCACCCCCACAAGACCUGGCGUAAGCGUAUGCAGAGCUUCUCUGGGCAUCACCAGAAGGGAGACGAUGCCGCAAAGCCCAAGCCUGCGCAAAGCCGUGGACCUGCCCUCGCGUACCAGUUUGGUAACACAAUCAUUGUGGAAGACGGAGAUGGAGAGGUCAUCAAGAAGUACGAUAUUCCAUCGCAGAAGAAGGACAAACGACCGGAAACACAACGUGGGGCUUCUAUGGCUGGUGGUACUAGUCGUGCUAUUCAAAGCUUGAAAAGGAUGGGUACACAAUUGGGCGUACCGACGCAUGAUAGUGGACCUUCGAACAGCCAGGGUGCGGAAGAGAAGAAGAAAAAGAAGCCAGCAGCUGAUGAUGAGGACGAUGAUCUCCUUCGAUUUACCGUCACGGCGGGUGGCCGCAGGAUGAGCAAGAUGGAGUUCAUCACGCAAAUGUCUCAAAUGGACCCCAAAGCGCGAGCCAAGUUCGUCGAGAACAGCAACGCUCCCGAGGCUGUCAAGGACGCAGCGCAUGAGGAUGCAAAGGAGCACAAGGAGUUGGAGCGAAAGGCAGCGGUUUCCACGAAGGCGAAAAUCCCUGCCGUUGUUGGCGAGGAGGGCGAAGCUGAGAUCCAGAAGAUUGAAUCUCCUGCAGCCAACGAGGAGGGUCGACCUCGUGGUCCCACAGGACUGACACUCGUCGACAGCAACAACGAGGAUGUGCCAUUCCACUCCGUACACCAAGACAUCCAAAACUACUCCAUGGACCAGGGCAAGAGCGAGACUGCCGCUCAGCGCCGACGACGGGAAGCAUCACAACAAGCCCAGCCAGCCCCAGACUCCGCCGAGAACGAAUCGGAAGAAGAAUCCCCCGCCGAGCGCCGACGCCGCCUCGCCGCCCUUUCCGGUUCAACAUCCCCCUCCGCGCCGAUCACCCGCCGCAAACAAUCCCACUCGCCCGAAGCUGAGAAGGGCUUCGAAGGGGAAACCGCAGCCGAGCGCAAACGCCGUCUCGGCGCGCUCGGCGUUGGCGACGACGACUCCCCCGAAUCCGAUAGCGAAGGGGAGGAAGGCGGUGAUCCCAUGGAAACUGGGCGUGGCACGCACUCGGAACAGAAAACUACGCCCGCGGCGAGGACGCCGGGGAUUCGGUUUGCAGAACAGCCGCGCAUUCCGACGAAGGAUGAGCGUGCGGCGGAUGAUAGGGAGGAGAAGGAGCGCGAGGGCGAUAAGAAGAAGGGGUUGGGGAAGUUAUUUAGGAAGUAGAUGUGAGAUGUGAAGGGUUGUGAUUAGACGAAAUGAGGGUUUAGGGCGUGUAGUUUCUAAUGAUGACGGUGCUGGGAGCAUAGCGAGUACGAUCGAUAUAUUGCGUU